AUGCUGGCUUCAAUUCGGCAAGCAGCACCACGGACCAGCGCGGGGGCAUUGCUGUAUCGAUCCGUCUCUCAAUCUGUGGCUUCCGGGGUUCGACGUUACGUCUUCAAGGGAGAUGGGCGGAAAUAUGCCAGUCUACCAGCCGAACACAUAGCUUUUUCGACGUCUGCUGACAAUGUGCACGACGAUGCCCUCCUGAGAGAGAUCUUUGAUUCGCCUAAGGCAUGGAAGGCUUUUUCCAGGAAGUCUUUCUCUGGCUUCGGGAAGCGCACUGGCCUUUUUCUCUACAAAUAUCUCACCGAUCCAGAAGCAUUCCCAGUAUUUGCCGAGCGUACACUGCAGAGAGCCUCCAUUUUGUCCGAUAAGAUCGUGGCUGCUCGAACACCUGCCGAGUUACGAAGUGUAAUCAAGGAUUUUGAUCGGUUGAGUGACAUGAUGUGUUGCGUGAUUGACCUGAGUGAGUUCAUUCGGACAGCGCAUCCUGAUCCGCAGUUUGUUGAGGCUGCUGAACAAGCAUACGCGAUCAUGUAUAAGUUCAUGAAUCAGCUCAACACCAAUGUUGGUCUAUAUCAAACCCUCCUACGUGUUUUUGCGGACAAGGCGAUAAGUGCGGAUCUUUCUGAAGAGGAGCGCGCAGUGGGGAUGAUAUUUAUUCGGGAUUUUGAGAAGGCAGGUAUCCAUCUUUCUCCAAAAACUAGAGGCCGUUUUGUUUCACUUGCAUCAGAGAUUGAUGUUCUGGGACGACGCUUCGUGACGGGUGCAGGUGCAAACGAGAGUGUGAUGAAGUUCGAUCCGAAAGAAUUAUAUGGGCUGAAUCCUGACUGGGCUCGAGAGUACAUGUCACGGGAUAAGACAUCCAUCACAAUACCAGCAAGGAGCACGGUUGCGCAGUUGGCUCUGCAAACUGUACACAGUGGUGAUGUGCGCAAAAAGAUCUACGAAGCUAUGAAUGCGGGCACAGCGAAACAGGUGGAUACUCUGGAGAGUAUGCUGCGAUCUCGGGCCGAACUCGCAAGGUUGACCGGUCAUGAAGAUUACGCAACGAUGCAACUGCAGGAUAAGAUGGCUAGUAGGCCAGCUUCAGUAUUGGAAUUCUUGGAAUCGUUGGCUGCUUCAAACCUCCCUCUCGCCCAGAAGGAACAGGGCAUUUUGGAGAAGCUGAAGCAGGAGCAAUUGCAGUUGCAGGUGCCCUCUGGAUUGAAGGCAUGGGAUCGGGAUUAUUACGCCGUCAGAUAUCAUCAACAGCAGAGUCGGUCGGCAGCAUCAUUGUACGGUUUGAGGGAUUAUUUCUCUGUUGGAACAGUGAUUCAAGGGUUGUCGCGGCUCUUUACUCAGUUGUACGGUAUCCGCUUCGUCCCGCGAGAAACUCAGCAAGGCGAAACUUGGCAUGAAGAUGUGCGAAGACUGGAUGUUGUUUGUGAGAAGGCAGGACAUGUUGGUUUGAUAUAUUGUGAUUUGUUUGCUAGAAAAGGGAAAACGAAGAACCCGGCACACUACACUGUCAGAUGUUCAAGACGCAUUGACGAUGAUACUCCGGUUGAAGGGGAGAUUCCGGAAUAUACUGGGAUGGCUACGAUGAAAGAUCCAGUUACCGGUCAGAUAUAUCAGCUGCCGACAAUUGCGCUGCUAUGCGCCUUUGAGAGUGAUGGGAGACCCGGCCCAACCCUGUUGCAUUUCAAUGAUGUGAAAACGCUAUUCCAUGAAAUGGGCCAUGCGAUGCAUACAAUGCUUGGGCGGACCAGCUUCCAAAGCGUUUGCGGUACACGAUGUGCUACAGAUUUUGUCGAGUUGCCCAGUGUUCUAAUGGAGCACUUUGUCAGCGCACCCGAGGUCUUGAAGCUUUGUGCUAGACAUUACAAAACGGAUGCGCCUGCACCGCCCAAACUCAUUGAAGCCCAAAACAAGAUGGAGAAGCUUUUGGCAGCCAGUGAAUCACAGAUCCAGAUUGUGAUGUCACUGUUGGAUCAGCACCUCCAUUCCUCUAUCCCACUCCAGAGCGGAUUUGACUCAACGGCUGUCUUGCACGGCCUUGAAAAGCAAUGGGGACUUUACCCACCUGUUCCCGGUACGAGAUGGCAGACACAAAUGUCGCAUCUAGCGCAUUAUGGAGGCACGUAUUACUCGUAUAUCUUUGACCGUGCUAUUGCGUCCAAGGUUUGGAAGAACGUUUUUGCCAGCAACCCAGUGGACAGGAGUGCUGGCGAGAAGUUCCGAGAUGAAGUGCUGAAGUGGGGUGGCGGACGUAAUCCAUGGACAUGCAUUGAGGGAGUGUUGGGUGCAGAAGGGGAGGGUCUAGGAAAGGGUGAUAGCACGGCAAUGGAGAAAGUCGGUAGCUGGGGUAUUGAACUCGAUUAG